AUGCCGAAUCUCCCCAAGGGGCCCGGGGCCUGGAGGAGGCGGGGGAGACCGCGCCUGGAGCAGGGGAUGCUCGUGCUGUGGUUAGAAGUCACUUUACGGGAGAGCGGAGUCCUGGAAGGGGCUUGGGGAACGCAGUACAAAGCGUUUCAGUUCAAGGCGUCUGAUGACAGAGGAGUUUCGCAGCCAUCGGAUGGUGGGAGGGGAGUGAGCGCACGAACUGGAGGCGGCGCCCCGGCCGCGCGGGCCCCAGGCCCGGGUCCGGAGAAGAGCUGGCGGAGGAUACAGGAGAGGAGGCCGUGGAGCGACCCGGAGGGAAGGCGAGGAGGUCGGUGUAGGUACCAGGGCACCGGAGGACUGAUCCAGGCGCAGAGGACGCGCAGGGCCGGUCUAGAAAGGAAAAGGAAAAGGGACAUUUCGCCGCAGACACCCUGCUUCCUUUGUGACUCAAGAGCUGAGCUUCCUGACUCCGCGAACGGCGGCGGGCUCCAGGCCGAGGGCCCACACCCUCCGCGGCCGCUCCUCGCAGCCCCUCUUCCUGCAUCUCCUGUGGGGAAACGCCCCCCGACCCCCGCGCCAGGGCUGAUCUGGAUGGCAGCUUUCAGGUCCCCAGUAAAGAGCUCAUUCGGAGGGAACCGAAGAUCUUGUGGUUCCAAGCCCACCCCGGGGAGGCGUGUUCCCAAGCGGGAGAGAAGGCACGCGGUGGAAACGCCGCGCCGUGCCAACACGCAGCGGCCCCAGCUGGUGGGGCUGGGUGCCCUCCUGCCACUUGGAACAGCUGUCGGUCGUCUGCAGGGGCAGGUGAAGCCCAGCUGGGACCCAGCGCGCCUGCAGCUGGCCCCCGAGGACGGCUGA